GUGGGUGAGCGUGGCGUGUGGCUCCCUAGUAGUCCAGCCUCGCUGCCCCAGCAUGUACUCCCGCCUCCUGACUGACCAGGCUGUUAUUGCUGCCACCACCACCACCUUGCACGUCCAGGAGACUCGAAACUCUGUAGGUGGCGGCCACAAUGAUGGCAGUGUGGACUGUCAUCUGAACCUGGAAUCGUCGACAAUCUUUCAAAACUCUCUGGUUACACUCCUCCAAGAGCUACUGGAAGGCCCUCUCACUGGCAGGACAUUGUCAUUCCUUGUAGACGAUAAAGUAGAAGAUAGGGUCAACAUUAAUCUCCUCCUGGCAGAGUUGUUAACCCCGUAUGUUCUCAUAGUUAGCCACGGGAAGCGGGCAGCGAACGGGAGCAGGGGUGACCUUAGUGAGUCACAACACAGCCAUGACCACCAUCCACACUUCCACCACAUAUUGUCCCCAAGUGUAAUGAUGGUGGUGGUGAGUGGUAAACCACCGAGGGAGAUGGUGUCCCCACCAGGGUGGUGGUCGCUGUCUACCGUGCUGCUGCUGGGGGUGUCCUGGCCCUGCCACGCCUCCUCCCUCCUCCAGGCACCCCUCCUACAGCAGACGCCAGCGGUGGCUCUCCUCUGUCCCAAGUACUGCCACCAUAACACCUGCCGAGUGCCCGUCAUCUAUACAGUCUACACAUGGCGUCCCUUCCACCCUGAGAGUAAGUUAGUGUCCCAUGGGCCGUGGAGGGCGGACAGGUUCCCCGUGUGGAGCAGCCUCUUCCAGGACAGGUUCGCCUCGCUGUACGGGGCGACGCUGCACGUCUCCAGUGACGAGGUAGACAUGCCUUAUGUCUUCAGGAACCCCGACGGAACCUUCGACGGCGUCGGCAAGCGAAUGACCGACACAAUAGGCUGGUGGCUCAACUUUAACUACACAAUGACUCGUCGAGGCAGUGACAAGAAGUGGGGGGAGGUGGUGAACGGGUCUUGGGUGGGGAUGCUUGGAGACGUCUGGAGAGGGGAGAAGAACCUCACCUUCAACUACUUCGCCAUCACUGAGGAACGGGCUAAGGACUUUGACUACUCUGUUCCAUAUUACAACGAAGGGUAUGGGUUCAUUAUAGCCACACCUCCUGCCCUGCCUCCCUGGAGAAACUUGGUCCACCCCUUCACCGGCCGAUUGUGGGCGUUGGUGGGCGGCGUGCUCCUGCUGGUGGCACUAGGAUACUACGCCCUCACACUCACUAGCUCUCAUCACCGCUCUCUCUUCCAGUGUCUCAUCAUUAUCUUUCAGUGCCUGAUGAGCCAGAUGGCAGCUCGUGCGCCCCGAGAGUGGUCGCUGAGAGUGUUUCUAGCAGGCUGGUGGCUCACAUCCUACAUCCUCGUCCUCUCCUACACCUGCAAUCUCAUAGCUGUCCUCACCGUCCCUGUCUUCCCCUCCAAGAUACGCACCAUACAGGAUCUGGCUCACAGCUCAUACAGGUGUUGCAUGCUGGAUUACGGAGAAUUCGUGGCGGAGGCGCUGGUCAGGUCGACCCAUCCGGCCCUAGCAGCCCUGGGAGCCAAGCUGGACAUGGUGCCUUCACAGGAGACGGAGUUCGCGGGUGAAGAAGGCUGCGUGAAACUGGUCUUACGAGGUGCCCACGCCCACCUUGAGAGCUCUUCCUACCUCAAACUUCUCUAUGACAUCACAGGUCACAGCGAUGAGGUGUACUUUGUCAAAGAACAGAUUUACGAGGCUAACUUGGCAGUGUUCUUCAGAAAAAAUACUCCGUGGAAAUAUAAGUUUGACUGGGGCAUCCAGUCGUUGGUUGAAGCUGGCUUAGUUCAAAAAUGGUAUGACGACGUCGUGGACCAGCUCAAGCGGACUCACAUAAAGGCAAGAAAACUUUGGUAUGCUGGAGGAGAAUCACCAUCGAAGCCUCUUUCCCUGGCUCAUCUGCAAGGGCCUUUCCUCUGUUACUUAGUGGGUUCUGUGGCAGGACUUGGGAUGUUCCUCUUAGAGCACGUCAGGCACACUCGGUUCACUCACACUUAACUCAUUAUACACAGAAUAACUUCUUGAUACAAGGCGGGAAUGUGUCACGUGACCUGCCUAUGGCAUCAACCUAAUCCAAGCUAUAGGUGACCGACGUAGCAUAUCUUGCUUAACUUUAAGUAUUUGUGUAAGGUAACUUAUAUACCUGUAGUGAAGUCUGUACUAACAUUAGCAACAAAAUAAAAAGAAUAUAAAAUA